AUGAAAGUUGAUGGAGUGCCGGCCCCUAUAAGAUAUGCAGUGGUUACCGGCGCAAACAAGGGCAUUGGGUUGGAGACUGUCCGGCAGCUUGCACGCGCAGGCUUGACUGUUGUUCUUACAGCCCGAGACGAGAACCGGGGUAUAGCAGCCACAUCACUGCUUCAGGAAUCAGGUUUAUCAAAUGUAGUGUUUCAUCAGCUUGAUGUUCAAGACAGAGAGAGCAUAGAAUCAUUGGUCAACUUCAUAAAAACACAAUUUGGAAGGCUUGAUGUUUUGGUAAACAAUGCUGGAGCUUCUGGAGUUUUAGUUGAUGAAGACGGCCUCAGGGCAUUAAAUAUAGAUCCUGCAACUUGGUUAGCGGGAAAGGCAGUCAACUUGGUCCAAGAUGUGAUGAAAACAACCUACAAGAAGGCAAAAGAAUGUUUAGAUACUAAUUACUACGGUGUCAAAAAUGUAACAGAAGCUCUUCUUCCUUUGCUACAGCUUUCGACCUCUGGAGCAAGGAUAGUAAAUGUUUCUUCCCUAAGAAGUGAAUUAAGAAGGAUCCCGAAUGAGCAGACUAGAGAAGAACUUGGAGACAUUACCACUCUAACUGAAGAGAAAAUUGACAAGAUAUUGCAAAGAUUUCUGCAUGAUUUGAAAAAUGAUAAACUAGAAAUCAAUGGAUGGCAAAAAAUGCUACCAGCCUACAGCAUAUCAAAAGCCACACUGAGUGCAUAUACUAGAGUUCUCGCAAAGAUGUACCCAAAAAUGUGCAUAAACUGUGUCCAUCCAGGAUAUGUCAAUACAGAUAUUAAUUGGCAUACUGGGACAAUGACAGUUGAAGAAGGAGCUGAAGGUCCUGUUAUGUUGGCUCUUCUUCCCGAUGGAGGUCUGACCGGAAGCUAUUUUGAUCGUACUGAAGUGGCCGAGUUUUGA